ACAAGAAGAGAAUGGAAGAGAAAACAGAGAAUGUGAGAGACUGAGAGCUGUGACUGAGAGUCUGAGAGAGAGAAUGUAGAAAGAAACAGUUGAAAUUGUUGUGGAUGUGUGAUUCAGUGUAAUCCUAUUUUUUGAAUAAAAAAAUAGCCGCCAAUUAAUAAGAUUAAGAAUGGCAGAUAAUGAAGACCUUGGUCUAGGAGCUGACGAGGGAAUCGACACAAUUGAAAAUGGUCAGGACGGAGAGGGCGUUGACAAUGGCGAAACGGGGGGUGGUGCAGCGGGGGGCAAUGGUGGCGGACCACCAGAUCCUGAGCUAGAGGCAAUACAAGCAAGACUAAGAGAAAUGGAAGAGGAAGCUGAAAAACUAAAACAACUCCAGUCUGAAGUCGACAAACAAAUGAAUCUUGGAAGUCCACCUACUAUCACUAGCCCAUUGAAUCUAUCUAUAGAAGACAAAAUCGAAGUGGACAAUCGUUCGAUAUACGUAGGAAAUGUCGACUAUGGAGCAACAGCCGAGGAAUUAGAACAGCAUUUCCAUGGAAUCGGCGCAAUCAAUAGGGUAACGAUUCUAUGCAAUAAGUUUGAUGGACAUCCCAAAGGAUUCGCCUAUAUUGAGUUCGCUGAUAGAGAUUCUGUCCAGACAGCAAUGACCAUGGAUGAAUCGUUAUUCAGAGGAAGACAAAUAAAGGUGAAUCCGAAAAGAACAAAUCAGCCAGGUAUGAGCACCACAAACAGAGGCUACCCUCGAGCAACGAGAUUCCGAGCCCGUGUAACUAGAGGAUAUCACUUCGGCUAUCGCCCCGUCAGGAGACCAAGGAGCUAUCGCAGAGCCUACUACAGUGCUGCACCAUAUUGAGUGACUAAACAAUAGUGUGCUCAUUCUGCUUGUGACAGUUGUAGACUAAGAAACAAAAUCGCAAGAUAUUGACGGUCGUUUAGUGUACCUAAUGCAGACUGGUAACUAAAUUUUAACUGGUACGGUAAUUUAUAGAAUUGGAUUGUAAGUAAUUUUACUCUUGGAAUAUCAUUGAAUGGAAUUGUAAUGACUUAUAAGUUAAUUUUAGUUCACUCGUCUGUUUUAUUCUCGAUCACUGAUUUUUCUCAUAAUAUUAUUUCAUUUCAUGAGCGAUUUGAGUGUUGCAUUGUAAUCAAGUAUUCAAGUAAAUGAUUGUGGAUGAGAUGAGUACUUAUUUGAGUCAAAUGAAUGAUAGGGCUAAGCAAUAUUAUAGGUUAUACUUGUGGUGAUAGUGUAGUUUUGGAAAUGUAACUAAGUUGAUAGAUUGGUUUUGAAUAUUAGAGCACAGUAAUGGAAGAUUAGAAUAAGCACCUAUUCGUAAGGCCAUUCACGUUAAUAUAAAUCGAAGAGGUCUAACUGUACAGCUGUGCAGGUAUUCUGUAAAUUUGAUAUAUUUAUUUAUUCGUAGACAAUAGAUACAAGCCAGAUAAAAACAACAGGCAUUCGCCCAAAACUGAUUUUAACAUUGUAUAAUGAAAAGAGCUUUCAUAUGCUACGGUAAACAAACCGAGUAAAGGAAUCUAUAAAUAGCAAGCCUUCCAGAUCACGAUGGGUUUGUUAGUAGCUCACCAGAAAUACUAAUGCUAGCAACGCCAAAUUAGUAGUUUACAGAAAAACGGUAUACCUGCACAGGUAUGAAGGUUGAGACUACACGCAUUAGUUAAUUUGUUCGUGUUGGACAAACCUCUUCGGUUAUCAUAACGUGAAUGACAGAUCUAAAUUGUCUAAAAAAUAAGUUUCUUUUUAUGGAAAACGAUUAUUCUCAGAAAUAUACAGGUUUGGGCAAUGAAGUAUGGAGGAUUUGGAAUAACUGUUACAUACUUAUUUUUGAAUAAAACUAUAUUUUUCCCAUGUGUACCUUGGAUGGUGGGAGAAUUGAAUGCUGAGUAAGAUUUCAUCUUGGUCUGAUAUAAUUUGUAACUUACAUUGAAUUGUGGGGAGCGGCUAAUUUCAAAAUGUAGUAUUAAAGAUCAAUCUCAGUUAACAAUACGGUAACGCUUUUUAAAUUAUGCACAAAGUAUUAGGCAUGUUAAAAAAAAUUCUCAAAUAAAAAUUACAUCAUUUUUGUUUUACCAAUAUAAAAGUAUCAAUUAUUAACAUACAAUAAAUAUUAUCUUGAUUUAAUGAAUCAGCAUGGAAAUAGUCAGUACCUUAAAAAAUAAAUGUUCACCUCCAAGUGACACAUACUCGCGACCGCUCCAUUCUUGUGUCCUUUCUUUCUUCUUGACAGCACAGCUCUGAGCGACAAUUUCGCCACCACACUUGAUAUCGUUCUCUUUGGGUCGGUCGGGGAUGAGAAAUUGUGUUUCGGCCGGAUAGGACGACUUUAGAUGCGGCGGGCAGAAUGAGUUGCGCAUCAUGAGGAUGCUCAUUCUGUCGUCCUCGGCAUUCAAGUUGUAGCGGCGGCCUUCCUUCAGCUCGGCCAGGUUCCGGUUGUCGAAUACCUCGCCCGUCUCGUGCUCACUUGGCAACACUCGGCCCAUGCCCGAUGGCAGGAGAAUUCGACGUCUAGGAUUGCCACUCGCAGACUCAACUUGGAGAUCCAUUAGAAAUGUCUGAGUAUCAGUGUCCCUCUCUUUCGAUUCUAGUGGAAACGCAUCAACUGAGUGACUCCUCCUUCUUGGCUUUUAGCAGACGAUGUAUGUGUGACUACGUUAUGUGUUGCAUCAUAGCUCGAUCGCACCUCAUCAUACAGCUUCUUCAUUCUCUGGUAUUUGUUUUGCAUACGGAGCAGUUGAUCACUUGUCUCCCACAGCUGAGAACUCAAUUCGGCAAUGUGCGUUUCGUCUUUCGAGAUCUUUUCUUUGUAUUGACGCAGUUUGGACUCUAAUUCUUUGGCUUUAUUAUUGACAUCUUCGCGCCAUAACCCUUUCAUCUUUUCUUUUAAAGCAGCCAGAGGUUGUUUAUAUUCAUUCCGGAUUGCUUCUGUGUCUGUAUUCUUGGUUUUUUAUUCCAACUCUUUCCUCAAUCGGUCAAUUUCUUCCUUUUGAAUAGUGUUUGAUUCUUU